CCCAAAUCGCCAGGCAUCCUCUGUUCCCGCGGCGGCUCUAAGCCCUAGAUACAGCCCUCGCUACUCCCCUCGCCGGCGAUGGCCGCGCCGCCGGAGACGACGGAGGCGCCGUCCCCGCCGGAAGGGGAGGAGGGCAAUAAAGGCAUCGAGGUCUGCCUAUUCGACGAAUCGCCGGAGGAUUUCUCCAGAGCGGUACGCGCCAUCUCGGAGCUCGCCGGCGGCGAGCUUGAGCCGAGCUUCGCUGACGCCGAAGUCGAGCGGCUCGCCUCCUCUAUAACGUUCCUCAGAGAAUGGAGGCAUUUCUCUUAUGAGCCAAAAGGUGUAAGUUUCACUAGCGGCACUGGAUCAACUUCUUCCAGAGAUGAUGCACACGAGAUAACCUUACCACAAUUCUCAUCUGCGUCUGUUCCUCAGUGCAAAUCAAUGCAGGUCACACACUUAGAAGAUGGAAGAUGUAAUAACACAGACAGCUCUGAUUUCAUUUUGUUCGCUGGUGGAAAUGUUUGGUCAUUGGACUGGUGCCCGAGGUUGUGCGACAAGCCUUGUACUCCUGUAAAUUGUGAGUAUCUCGCUGUUGCUGCUCAUCCUCCAGGUUCUUCUUACCAUAAACUUGGUAUGCCAUUAACCGGCAGAGGUAUCAUUCAAGUUUGGUGUCUGGUAGCACCCUUUGAAGAGGCAGAUCCUCGUAAGGCAAUGGUUGCUUACAAUAAGAGCAAUCGUAGAGGAAGGCCUAGAAAAAUACUAGAUGAGAACAAUCCUAUCCAGAGUUCAUCAAUUCCACGAAAACCAUUAGGGAGGCCAAGAAAGAUAAAAUCGACAACUACUGAUGAACACGCAGAACCAAGUCCUAAAAGACCAAGGGGCAGGCCAAGAAAACAUCCACUGCCAGUUGCCAAAGUGGUGGAUUCGACUAAAAAUAGCGGAACUCAAGAUUCCAGUUUUAUGGACCCUCUUGCCACUUCAACAGUUGUUCCAGGUGAUCUUGCAUUAUCUUGUGUCGUACGAACAGUGAAAUCUGCGGAAUUGACCCCAAGAGAAGGUAGGGGUCAAACUAGGAAAACCCCAACUAACAAAAAAAAGUGUCCACCUGGCAUUGAAUCAAAAGAAGAUAUGUCUACAGCUCUAAUAUGUAUGGAACCAAAGAAAAAAAGGGGGAGGCCUCGGAAAUAUCCAGCCCAAAGCAGCAGCAAGCAUGUUUCAGGCACUGAUACUGAAUUAGCAAGAGAAGCUAUGUGCUUGCCUGUUACAGUUGGUUGCAAUCUGGGCCACACUGGUGAUGCACAGUCUAAUUCUAAUUUAAGUGUUGUUACAGGUGAUACAGCACUAUCAGUUCUAUCUUCAUCUAGUAAAAUUUGUGAGAAAAAAGCAAAAGGUAGAGGACGACCUAAAAAGGAAGCAAUUUCUGGGUCACUUUCUUGCUCAGUGGUUUCUGGUGUUGAAUCACAGAGUGGGGGAACCAUUUCAACUGACCCAGCAGUCUCUGUUGAGAAUUCUUUGCCAUAUGGGCACUCUAACUUAGGAUCAACGCCAAGUGAGCUUUGUUCAAUUAGCUUGUUAAGAUGUGAUGGAAAUGUGCACACCGCCCAUCCUUCAGAAGAUUCUUUGUUGCCCAUGCAUAUUGCACCUAAAUCAAAUGGCGAGGAAUCAAGUGGUAGGUUGGGAAGAGGACGUCGCAGAAGGAAACCACUUUCGAGUACAAAUGGUUCUUUACUUGCUUCUGGUACCGAGUCCCCAAAGGCAGAUACUAUAAUGAACAAUUCCGACAAGCCCAUGGCUUUGGCCAAGUGUGAUGGUGAAGUUGGUUUGUGCAAUGCAAAUUGCAAGGAAAAAUCAAUUGCUAAAUGUAGAGGCAGAGAUAGAAGUAAGCUAGUUUCAACCAAGUGCAAUUGUUCUAACACUGGUGAAGAACAAAAAAAUCAGAGAACUCCCAAGCCAAAUGACAAUGUCUUCUCAGUUGAAAAUUGCAAGAAAGAAUUACUUGUCUACACCAGAAGGAGUGUACGGCGAACUACAAAGAGACCUUCUCCAAAUAAGAGUUACUCACUGGCUCUUAGCUGUGAAGUACAGAAGGUGAAGAGAUCCUCAACAUCUAUCAUGCCAAAGAGUCAUUUGUCUUCUGUUGAGGAUCCUAAGCUACUGGAUUCAUCUAUAAUUGGAGACAUGGUUAAUGAGGCUUGUUUAGUUGGAUCUAAGAGUGGAGUUGUUAGUUGUGAAGUCGUGGGAAUGAAUGAUAGCAGUACUGCCAAUCAAGUUGUGCAUGUCAUUGCUGAAGUGAAAGAUACAGAAGUAGCUCCAUUCAAAGAUUCAAGUAAAAAUGAUAAUAUGAUGACUUGUACAGAAAACUCAAACUUUUCUACAAUCCCAAAAGGCAUUCAUCUACCAAGGGUUGUCUUGUGUUUAGCUCAUAAUGGCAAAGUUGCUUGGGACAUCAAAUGGAAACCUCCUCUACCGAAUCAGUCAGAACAGAAGUCACGUUUGGGUUUUCUUGCAAUACUGUUGGGAAAUGGCUCACUUGAAGUAUGGGAAGUUCCAUCUCCAAGCAUGAUCCAGAAAAUAUAUUUCUCUUCUUCAGUGGAGGGUACUGAUCCUCGCUUUCUAAAGCUGCAACCUGUAUUUAGAUGUGCCAAAGUGAAGUGUGGAAACAGACAAAGCAUUCCCUUGACAGUUGAUUGGUCGCCUUCUCCUCAUGAUAUGAUACUGGCAGGAUGUCAUGAUGGAACGGUUGCUUUAUGGAAUUUCUCUGCAGACUUACCAUCACAAGAUUCAAAGCCUUUUAUGUGUGUCACUGCUGAAUCUGCUCCCAUCAGAGCCCUUUCAUGGGCACCAUAUGCAAGUGAGGAAAACACACAUACCUUUGUCACUGCUGGAGAGGAUGGUCUAAAAUUCUGGGAUUUAAGAGAUCCAUACCGUCCUCUGUGGGAGCUAACUACUGCCCCAAGGGCCGUAUUAAGUCUUCAUUGGUUAAAGGAUGCAAGAGGUAUUGUCAUCUCACUGGAAGAUGGUACAUUGAAGUUCCUCAGCUUACCCAGAAUUGCCAGUGAUGUUCCGGUCACUGGAAGGCCCUUCUCUGGGACUAAAACUCAGGGUGUCUCUACGUAUCAACUGUCAGAAUAUUUGAUCUGGAAUGUCCAUGUCUCAGAAAUUACUGGUUAUGCAGCUUACUGUGGGGCAGAUGGAACCGCUGUGCGCUUCCAGCUUACUUCAAGAUUCUGGGAGAAGGAACCCGGGAGGAACCGUGUACCUUAUUUCCUUUGUGGUUCAUUAGCAGAGGAGGGAACAGUCAUUAAGAUUGGCGGCACGUUGCAAAGCUCUCCUUUAUCAAAUGUUCCUCUGGUUGCAAAGAAGGGUCCAAAAUCUUUCCAAAAUGUGGAUCAAGCACAUCAUAUAGAAAAAGAGAAACUGCAAAAUCUCACCAACUCAGGACUUGGAGAUCCAGAACUAAGAGAGGGUCAACCGGAUAGACCUGAUGAAGGGCGAGAAACUAACGCGUUAGUUUUAGCUGAUCCUUUAAUGCAAGAGAACUAUGGGAUAUGCAAUGGCAGCGUUGAUGAAUCCCCUGAAGACUUUGAGGUCUUCCCUCCCAAAGCUGUAGCACUGCAUCGAUUGAGAUGGAACAUGAACAAAGGUAGUGAGAAAUGGUUAUGCUGCGGAGGGGCUGCAGGCAUUAUUCGAUGUCAGAGGAUCUAAAAAAACAAAGCAUAAUUGGGGAAUGUUUGUUGCGAGCCUGAAUCAUCUGCGUGUAUUGGCCUACACAAUAAACUGCUGCGGCAUCUGCUGAUACUUUCCCUGACUGCUGAGCUGGUCGCUGGUGUCCUUUUCUCAGCUAUGCAUGAACUACUAAUUCUGACCAUGAAGAGUUGCCUAACUGGAUUCAACAAAUCCGUAUAGUUUAGGAACUCAAGUUCAGGCAAUAUGAGCUACCAGGUCCUGCAUAUCUUGGACUUAUAGAAUAAUCAGCUCAGCAAUUCAUCAAGGGGCCUCAGUCUGGAAUGAAUUGCGGGUUGGAAUUGACCCUGUUGUAAGUUGUAGCUGACUGGUUCUUUUGUUAUUUCCUGUAACAUAUGUACAUGUAUUGUCGAUGCAGUCAACAAACUGAACAACGUAGCACCAAUUGUAUAAUUUUGAAAAACUUAACAAAUUGCAUAUGAUAUUGUGGAGGAAUAAUGGAAAUGAUGGCCUGUCUGCCACUUUGCCUUGUU